GAACCUUCGUUACCGACCCGGUUCGUAUCCACGUCGAGUACCGCAGUUCCACAAAUCGACAUAUCACGUACAGAAGAAAACUUACGACAGUUCUCGCGACGUGCGCGUCCUACGAAGAUAUCAAACGGGUCGUAGCUUGCAAGAAGAAGAAGAAAGGCGGCGGUUCUCGAUCGAAGAAGAGGAGGAGGAAGUGAUGGCACCGCGGCGUCACGCGAACGGCCACGCUGGUGUACUGAUGGAGAACGGUGGCGGCGGCGGUGGAGCAGGAGGAGCCGGUGGCGGCGGUUUCAACGACACGAUGGAGAACAACAAUCUGCUAACGCAGAAUCAAACGACUCGUUGCUGUACGCCAACCGGCGAGUGCCUAAGGGGCGACACUUUAAUUCGGUUGAACGUAUUGCACGACACGGUCAAGGUGACGUGUAACAACGAUAACUGCCCGCUCGGUCAGUUCAUGCAUCGCGAGUGCUUCGACGCGUGGGAGCAAACGGUGCUGACUUAUCUGAAGAGUUGCGGACGCGCCCGUAGCUGGUCGGAACGGCAGCGCCAUCAAAAUCUCUGGACGAAAAAGGGCUACGAUCUCGCAUUUAAAGCGUGUGGAUGUCGAUGUGGUCGUGGACAUUUAAAGAAAGAUCUGGAUUGGAUGCCGCCUGGUUCGGGGAACGCUUCUGGUACCAGACAAGACGAGAACGAGGCGAAGAAGAAGAAAAGGCGUAAUCGUCAGAAUACCAGGCCUAUGUUGGCGGUCUCAGCUGGCCCACCGAGUCAUGGUAAUCACGUUACGGCGAACGGUCGCGGUACCACCGAGGCGCAGUUGAUCGAGGCUGGUAGAGGAAGGGCUGGCUCUUUAUCGUCCAGCACUGGAUCCAGCUCACCACCAGCGACCAGCGAGCCAAGCGUCAGUCCUCUUCAUCAACCGCAGGCCAUUAUGAAGAAGAAGAGCAAGGUUGAUUUCUUUAGCGACCGAGCUCGGCAAAGUUGCGGUGCGAACGGGAUCUUCUCGCGUCGUCUGGACUUCAGCGCCUUCAACAGCCUGCCGCGCACUAAACUGAACUCCUACCACAUUAAGGCAAAGUUGCGGUGCGAACGGGAUCUUCUCGCGUCGUCUGGACUUCAGCGCCUUCAACAGCCUGCCGCGCACUAA